CAGCUUCUCCGGCGCUUUUCUCGCGAUUGAGCGGCAAAAACCCCUUCUUCAAUCGUCUCUAACCCCAAUCCUGCCCAUUCCGCAAAAUCCCUAAUCGCUCAGGUCAUCUGCCACCAAAAAGCAGGGAAAACGGAGCCGGAGGUCAGCUUAACUCCAGCUCUCCAUUCCUAGCGACCACGUCUCAUCUCCAUCUCGGCCGAAGCACUACAAUCACCAUCCGACUCGGAGCCUCAAUCUCUCCGUUGUGACUCGUCAAUUCCUCGGAGAGGAUCGAAUGGUUCACAAUGCUGUAGCCGUCUCUGCUCCGGGCAAGGUCUUGCUGGCAGGUGGCUACCUUUGUCUCGAUCGUACCUAUACCGCCCUGGUCUUUGGCCUCGAUGCCCGCAUCCAUGUCGUUGUUCGACCCAUUCCUACCAGACGCGGCGUGGAACUGUCGGAGAUCGAGGUGACUUCACCCCAAUUCCAAGAAGCCGCCUGGAAUUAUGGAUAUCGUCUGGGAGGGAGUGGAAGUGGGAUGAGUGUCACCCAGUUGCGCAUGGAUGCAGACCUGCACGUCAAUCGCAACGUCUUUAUUGAAACUACACUCGGUUACGCACUCAGUUACAUCUCCGCGAUCACAAGUCCAACCAUCACUCCAGCGUCCAUCACCAUUCUCGCGGACAACGAUUACUACUCCACCCCAGCUGCUCCAGCCGCAACUUCAACCCAACCACGCUUCCGCGAUUUCGGCGUGAAGCUCCGCAAAGCUCACAAGACCGGCCUAGGAUCCUCCGCAGCCUUGGUGACAGCCAUCACGGCCGCAGUGUUAUCCUACUAUCUCCCCUCGAAGCUAUUCGAUCUCGACUCUGAUCGCAGCAAACGCAUCAUCCACAACCUCGCCCAAGCGGCCCACUGCGCAGCACAGGGUAAAGUUGGUUCAGGGUUCGAUGUAGCAAGUGCAGUCUACGGAAGCUGUCUUUACCGCCGCUUUUCUCCCACCAUCUUGUCGAAAUCCGCCGACCCCGGAACCAGCGGCUUCUCCAAAUCCCUUCGAGAGCUCGUCGAAGAGCUACCCCCGCACGGUCAAUGGAACACAGAGAUCCACCGGGAUGCGGUCAAAGUGCCCAAAGGCUUGCGACUGCUCAUGUGCGAUGUAUCGGGCGGGAGUGAAACACCCGGAAUGGUGAAGAAGGUCCUAGCGUGGCGACAGGAGAACCCGGCGGAGGCAAACGAAAUUUGGUCUGAUUUGCAUGCUGCGAAUGAUAGCCUGGCGAAGGAGUUGCGCGCCAUGGCUGAAGCGCAGGAUUUCGGACUGGAGAGGUUACGAAGUUGCUUCACGCGCAUCCGACGCGGGAUAAAAAUCAUGUCCGAGAAGAGCGGGGUGCCCAUCGAGCCAGCAGAACAGACGGAAUUGAUUAACGCUUGCGAGGCUGUGCCGGGUGUCAUUGGCGGAGUGGUGCCGGGCGCUGGUGGCUACGAUGCGAUUUCGUUGUUGAUUGAAGAUAGAGAGGAGACGGUGGCGGCUCUGCAGAAGCUGUUUGACGGGUGGAAUGUGAAGAGCGAGCACAGCGGCAAGGUCAGCAUCCUUGGUGUGCGGCAGGACAUGCAGGGCGUGCGCGUGGAGCAGGUGGACCAAUAUCAGGAAUGGCUGCCGCCGACUUCGCCUUGA